AUGCCGGACACCGCUGAUCAGAAUGCGCCCGUUGCGCCUGUUGCGCCCGUUGCGACCGCUGUGCCUGAAGAAGCCGUCAAUAAGCCCGUGGAAACUCCCGCGACUGCUGCCGAAAACACCGAACAGACUGCAGCCAAAGAUGUAACUGCCAGUGCUCCAGUCAAGGAGGAAUUCGCUGCAAAUGAUGCGACUGUCGCUGCCACUGGCACUGCAGAGCCCGAAGCCGCAAAGCCUGAAGAACCCAAGGUUGAGCAACCAGCCUACCUGAGCAAGAACCCGGCCUUGGGUGAAUUGUUCAAUCGCCUGCCAACCAUCCUCGAAAGCACCGGCCACACUGAGAUGUGGGGAGUAGAACUCAAGGAUAGCAAUGAUGUCCCCACCGUCAACGUGUUGAUCAAGUUCCUGCGCGCAAACGAAGGCAAUGCCAAAGCUGCUGAGACCCAGCUCAGCAAGGCACUCAAGUGGCGCAAGGAGGUGAACCCGCUGGCAUUAGCGGAGUCCGCGAAAUACAGCGCGACCAAGUUCGGCGGUUUGGGAUACCUGACUACCUACGAGGAGAACGGACGGCCCUUGGUGUUUACUUGGAAUAUCUACGGCGCUGUGAAGGAUAUCAGUGCGACAUUCUCGGAUACCGAUGAAUUCGUCCAAUGGCGUGCCGCUCUCAUGGAACUUGCUGUGCAGGACCUGAAGAUGAAGGAUGCCACUGAGGUCAUCGAGUACGACGGCGAGGAUCCCUACCAGAUGAUCCAAGUGCACGAUUACUUAAAUGUCAAGUUCUUCCGUAUGGAUCCAUCUGUCCGUGCCGCAACGAAGAAGGUCAUUGAAGUGUUCGCUACGGCAUACCCAGAGCUCCUGAGUGAGAAGUUCUUCGUCAAUGUGCCUGCUAUCAUGGGCUGGAUGUUCACUGCCAUGAAGUUUAUCCUGAGCCGCAAUACUACGCGCAAGUUCCACCCGAUCACAAACGGCGCCAACCUGGCUCGGGAAUUCCCUGCUUCAAUUGCCGAACAGAUCCCCAAAGUCUAUGGUGGCAAGGGUCCGGAGCUGAAGGAGAAUGCUAGGUUCAUCCCACUGAUCGAGGACAAGGAAGAGGAGACAAAGUGCAAGGGCAAGUCUGCCGAGAAGUCUGCCGAGGAGCCUACUGUUGCUGAGCCCACCAAGGAGGAGACUGCUAAGGAGCCUGCCACAGCAGAUGUUCCCAAGGCCGAGUCUCUGAAGGAAGAAGCUGUGAAGGAUGGAGCCCAGUAG